AUGACCGAGCGUGCACAUAAAACACGCUCUCUUGAUUCAGUCAGCCAUUUAUCCCGUCAAACGACUCACCCUGUUCUUUCAUUUACCCGUGGCUCACCGCCUGAAUGAGGAGUAAAUAAAUUCACCCUGGCCAUGUCAGUGUCUGAGCCAGCGUCGGUGGACUGUGGCGGAGCGGGAGGGUACGGAGCCUUUUACCCGGCUGGAUACCAGGCGUUGAACCCGGAGGAGCACGGCCUAGACCGCGGCUUCCGACUCACGGCCUUCUCCGAUAUGAAGGGAUGAGGGUGUAAAGUCCCGCAGGAGACUCUGCUCAAACUCCUGCAGGGACUAGAGCCGGACCGGCCGCCCGGAGAGGACGGCGGCUCGGGGGCGGGUGUCGGAGACGAGACCGCUGAGUUCGGACUUGUUUCAGUAGCUCAGGGUCCUCGACUAGGUAUUGGCAUGGACUCAUGUGUGAUCCCUCUGAGGCAUGGAGGUCUUUCCCUGGUCCAAACCACUGAUUUCUUUUAUCCCUUAGUGGAGGAUCCUUACAUGAUGGGACGGAUAGCUUGUGCAAAUGUUCUGAGUGAUCUGUAUGCCAUGGGCAUCACAGAGUGUGACAACAUGCUAAUGCUUCUCAGCGUCAGUCAGAAGAUGAACGAGAAGGAGAGAGAUCAAGUGAUGCCUUUAAUGAUGAAGGGCUUCCGUGAUGCAGCAGAGGAGGCUGGGACUUCGGUAACCGGGGGACAAACAGUCAUCAAUCCCUGGAUCAUCGUUGGGGGUGUGGCUUCUGUGGUGUGCCAGCCCAAUGAUUUCAUCAUGCCUGACAGUGCUGUACCUGGGGAUGUGUUAGUUCUGACUAAACCUCUGGGAACUCAAGUAGCAGUGAAUGCCCAUCAGUGGCUAGAUAUACCUGAGAAGUGGAACAAGAUAAAGUUGGUGAUAUCCAGGGAGGAGGUGGAGCAAGCUUAUCAGGAGGCUAUGCUCAACAUGGCCACCCUCAAUCGCACUGCUGCUGCCUUAAUGCACAAAUUUAACGCACACGCUGCCACAGACAUCACAGGCUUCGGGAUCAUAGGUCACGCACGGAAUCUCGCCCAGCAGCAGAAAAAUGAUGUUGCCUUUGUCAUUCACAACCUUCCCAUUAUCUCCAAAAUGGCCGCAAUCAGCAAGGCUGGUGGCAACCUGUUUGGGCUUUUGCAUGGCACGUCUUCUGAAACAUCAGGUGGUCUGUUGAUCUGCUUGCCACGUGAGCAAGCUGCCCGCUUUUGUGCCGAGAUGAAAUCCAGUCGUAUGGGUUUGUCGGGAGCUGUGGGGCAGGACGGAGGGGCGGGUGAUGGGCAACAGGCUUGGAUCAUUGGCAUCGUGGAGAAGGGCAAUCGUUGCGCCCGCAUCAUUGAUAAACCUCGGAUCAUAGAGGUCCCGUACCGUGGCUCUGUGGUCAGCGCACAGGAGGGGAGCAACAAUAACGCCAGUCCUCCUGAGGUGCAGCUGACCUAGCGGCUCCACAGAGGCCCUCUCAGUGAGCUUGAUAAAUUUGUGUGUGUGUGUGUGGCCAUAACAGACAUGGGGUUUGUGUAAAGGACGGAGUAUGUGUGGUUAUUCCUGCUGUCCAUUUCCUCCCCCUGUUCAACCAAAGGGUUGAGAGCAACAGACCAAAAAUAUCUUGAUUUACCUGGUGGGAGAUGGAAUGGACAACAAGCGAACAAAUUUUCAUCUCAUUUCCCAAUUCAUUCUUUCAAACACACACAGCUCCAUUUUGUUUCUCUCUUUUUUUGUCAGUUGAGCUGUUUUUAUUGUUUUUCGGCUGUUCUUUAAAAGUAGUUCACCCAAACGACACCCAAGCUGAGCUAUGUUGCUGAAAACCUAUAUGCUGCUUAUAUAUUUGCAACUCAUCAUAGUGACUAUCAAAAAACAUCAUAAAAGUAGCUCUUCUCCACUAUAUUUCAAGUUUCUUCAAGACAGAAACAUCAAAAAUGUUCGUACUGUUUUAUUUUCAAGCACAAAAUAUCCAAACAUUCUUUAAAAUUACAGCUUGCUUCUGAAAAACAGACAGAAACUCUUACCUUCAUGCCACUUAAAUGUUGAAUGAGAUUUGUACUUUGGGGGGAUACUAAGUGUUUUCUCUAUCAGCAGACAAAAUUUGUUCAAAACUGUGAUGUAUCAACUAAGCUCCGGAUAAUCUAAUAAUUCUGGUUAUAAGGAAAAGUGCUUAACUUCUGUUUCGUGUUCCUCUGAAAAAAGAACAUGAGGGUUUGGAAUAACAUGAAGUGGAGUAAGUGCUAAAAUGUACAUUUUUGGGUGAACUAUUCCUUUAUCUAGAAAAUGUUUGACCAAAAACAUUUUUUUGUUUUUCUGAGCUUAAUUCUUUCUGCUUUAUGAUGUGAUGGCUUUGGGCCUCACACUAAAAUGAAAGCCGUGCUUACCAAGAAAACAUUCCAAUGAUCAAUCCUGAUCUAUCAAACGCUUUGGGUAGCAAUGAUCCUAAAAUGACAAUCAAAAGUGUUUUUUUUUAAGCCAUCUGACAGAUGCGUCAAAGCUGGGCACGCUGUCACACCAAUGUAUCCUGAGGCCUGAAUAAUCAUAAUCGUUUAUUUAAUUGUGAUAUUUAUUGGUACAAUCAAUAUUGAAUUUGUGUCAAAGAUUUAAAUGCAAUUAUCCAAAUUUCAAGUGUUGUUUUUUUAGGUGAUGCUGAUCUUGUACGCUCCACAUAAGUCUGAAUGUUCCACCUGUUUUAAUAGGACAUCUUUGUAACACUGACAUAUGCCUGGUAACAUCAGUUUAAUGUUCUCUCUUGUGGUUUGUUUUCCUGAAUAGAGUGACCUUACUCUGGUUAGAUUAGGUUAGACUGGUUCUUCAUUCAUUAGAAUACAUAAAAAGUGUCAUGGUUUUAGGGGCAGCAGUUAAUUCUGUAUGAUUGUGUGGAGAAAUAUGGAUGAUGUGCAUCGAAACUCUCUUUCUUCUCUCUCGUUCACUCUGUAGAGCAGAAGAUGAGGUAGUCUGGUUCUCUCCCUUGUAUUUGAGAAAGGGUUGAGCAGCUUUCUCUGGUCCAGUGGGUGAGCCCAGAAUGCCCGUUGUGCCAAUCUGAAUGGCUGGGACAGAACAGCAGUGUCCACAGUCCUCUUUAUGACGCCUCUCUCUCUAACCCAUCUCAUGGGACGGGCGAGGUUGAUGUUAGAUAGGAAGGGAUAGGCUGAUCUGCCAUGUUCAUUCACUUGCCACUGGUUUUGUCAUUGCAGUUUUCAUCCGUAAUAAACCUGUAAUUUCUCUAA